AGCAGCUUUGCAAGGAGAUGGCUCGAUACAGAACAGUGAUAAGAUUCCUCUUAAGUGUUGGGAUCCUUUUUCAAGGCUGUGAUUCAGAUGUGAAAUGCAGGGAUGACAAUGGAAACGAGGUUGGCUGGUACAUUUUAUACAAAUUGCCCAAUGUGAAUGGUGACGGUCUGUUGUAUCUGUACAUGGAUGAGAGCACCAAUGGAUGGAAACUCAGCAGAGAGAAAAUCAACAGUAAAUCAGGCACCUUGGCGAACACCCUGAAACCUCUGCUUGACUUCUACGACAGAAAGGUUGAAAGCUUUGGAUACAUGCUCUUUAGUGAUCAACCUCCAGAUCCAUAUGUUGCUCCUCCAUCAUUUGGCCACAGUAAAGGAGUCGUGAUGCUGGACAGAAAAACUGGAGUUUGGCUCUCACACAGUACACCAAGAUUUCCAACAUAUCGCAGAAGAGACUUCUGGCCAAAAAGUGGAAACGCUAAUGCUCAAACAUUUAUGUGUGUGACUUACUCUUAUAAUGAUUUCAAAGAAAUAGGAUUGCAGCUCAUGUACAUCCAUGCUUAUUCAUAUGACUAUGAAAUACCGGGAACCUUUCAAAACGAGCUGCGAUGUGUGGCACAGCGAAGCUGCUUCCCAAAGGAGGCACCCUGGUUUAGAGAGAAGACGCUGAUUUCGACGACAGGACAUUAUUUCCACAGCUAUGCGAAAUACAAACGUUUUGGAGACGAUCUUUAUUCUGGCCUUAUUGCAAAAACGCUGAAGCAGGAUCUGUAUGUCAAGAGCUGGGGAAAGAUGUGUCGCCCUCUGCCUUCUAACUGCAGCAUCCCUCAUCGUGUGUACAAUGUGAAAGAAGUAACGAUCCUGAAGGGGAAGCCCUUCAAUGACACUGUAGAUCACGCCAAGUGGUGUGUGGCACCUGAUGGUGGCUGGACCUGCAUCGCUGAUAUGAACAGGGAAGUGAGUCAGAUGGGCAGAGGGGGAGGAGCUAUAUGCACCAACGAUGGUGCAGUUGGGAAGGCUUUCUAUACAUUGAUCACAAAGCAUGAACCAUGUAAACGUGAACACACACAUUCUAAUGCUCAACACAGGGAGCUUUAGAGGCACAACCCUCACUGAAAUGUGAAGCUGCACUAUCAAAAACUAAAAGACAAGACAGGAACCAGAUAUCACGUAGGCAGACUUGAAAUUGAAAAGUUUUACACACCAUAUUUUGUAUGUAUGUAUGUUCACGCCUGUCUUCCGUAGUCUGAAUAUAAAAGAUUGCGUUGUUUUUAUUUUUUAAAUCACAUUUUAAGCAUUAAAAGAAAUAAACAGUACUGAAUGAUUAUAUCAAUAUUAAAUUACAAAUUGAUUGUUGCUCCUGGUGUUUUUUUGUUAACCAAUUAAGCCUUUUUGAGCCAUGGACAAAUUAAACUGUCUGGGGGACCCCUGGGUAAAAAUGAGCUGCUGGGCCCCAAUUAACUCCACGUUCCUCCAACUCUCUCUGCAAUGUGUAAAAUUUUAUCCCUGCCGGGAUACUAUCUAGGUUCAAAUUAACACAUUCAUUGAGGAAUAUUGGAACAAACCUGAAAUAAUGACGGUCAGCAUUAAUAGUUUUUCAGAUGCAGUGGAAACUUGGAAUGAAUGUUCUACAGGAAGCUUUAGUGUCUGUUCCUGAUUUAGAGUUCUUGCACUAUUUCAUCAUGAUAGAAGCUGAGCUCAACACUCUUGAAUGAUAAUGGCCUAAAUAUUUAGCCCAUGAAUAAUAACCAUGGAUCAGUUCAGUGUCUGACAAAAUGUGGUUUUGCCUGAGUUAGUUGUUAGCCAUUAGUAAUUUCUAAUUUCUAAUUCCUAAGUUUAGAAGAACUAAAUAAUCAAAUUACCAUAGCUGUAGCCUAACCUACAGUGGGGAAGUGCUCAAGCCGUUUGCAAUGGAAAAGAACGGCACUACAAGUAGGAUCUCUGCUUUUAAAGUCGCACUUUUGCAUUAUUUGCAGUAAAAUGCACAGAAAGAUGAAAAUUAGAAAUAUGCUACUCCAUGGUUGGAUUAACGUGUUAGAGGGACCCAGGGUGA